AUGUCUAAUACCUUUCAGGGGGCGGCCAGCAGUCCCAGAAUCACAACGGGGCCACAAUUCGGAGUGCCUGGAGUAAAUCAGCUGCCAGUGAUGGUCCAGUCGACCCCGGUCAGCAUAACGUCUCCUCCAGAAAGGACAGUUCAUCCCAUUUCCGGCACUGCAAGAAUGAGUCAAGACUCACUGCAAUCUAACCAGAACAGUGAAUCUUCAAACCCACCUGAUGAUGACCCGGAUGGCUCGGACAGAAGCGACCAUCCGGAUGAUGACUCCGCCCACAGCCAGAUCAGUAACGACAAGUCGCCCCAACCGACUGCCCACGUUCAUGCCGUGCCUUAUCAGUAUAGAUAUGGCAUGCUUGUGGACAGUCUGCCGAAGCUAGAAGUACCGAGGUUUGAUGAUGAACACAAUGUGAAGCAAUACGUUGUAUUCCGGUCAUUGUGGGACAGCAUCAUGAGCAAACCGGAGUUUCAGCUACCCGAGGCGACGAAAUUUGCUUACCUACGCAGCAAUCUGGGUGGACGACCCCUUGCGAUGGCUGAUCGCAAUAUGAUCCUUGGUGAAAAGGCCUAUGCAACCACGAUGAAGCAAUUUGACAAGGCCUUCGGGGAUAAAGGAAGAAUUGUGCAGGGCCUUUUGACUCAGCUGGAGAUUCGCCCGUCCCUUAACCUCAAUGACUGGGCUGGUUUGAGGGAUUUUUCUGAUGAAUUGGUGACUCUGGUUGAAACGGCAAAGCACCUAAAGCUCGAAACAGAACUGAAGAAUCACAAGUAUGCUGUGGAGUUGGCUCUGAAGUUACCCGAGAAGUUGCACAGCGAAUACCUGUCCAAGAUGUGGAGAAAGGAUAAAGGUCAGACGUAUACGGUGGUGAAUCUGACAGAGUGGCUGGAGGACAAAACCGGUCCUGCGGGACUUAUCCUUCUUGAGAGGUCACAGAAAAUGAAGCCUUGGAAGAAGGACCGCCCCCAGGAAGAACACAAGCCACCGGCUCGCAAACACUCGGAGUUAGCACCCACCAGGACUUACACGGCUCAUACUACUCAGCCUGUAAGUCAUCCAAACCCAACCAAAGGCGCUUCAGUAUCAAGUGCUAACAAGUCGUUGAUCACGUCCAAGACGUCAAGCACAGCUACAGGGACAGCUGAACGGAUCACUUGCCUCUACUGUAAUGUCAAUGAGUCAGGUCAUUACUUUGAAACCUGCGGAAAGUUCACCCAGCUGAAUCCAGACCAAAGGCUUAAGAGGCUGAAGGAGAGUGGGCGUUGUAUUAAGUGUGCCAAGAAACAUGAAAAGGAUUGUCCUUUCCCAAAGAAGUGUAAGGACUGUCAGGAAGAUCACCGUACUAGUCUACAUGAAGUGGUGAAGUUGACACCCAAGAACCAGGGCACCGUUCUUUGUUCUGGAGUGGGGUCUAAGACCAAAGUGGACUACGAUCGAGAUGUCCUGAUAAAAGUCGUACCUCUGACAUUGUACGGGCCAUCCGGGAAACUUGACACCUUUGGCGUUCUUGAUGAAUGCGCCGAACGCACUAUGAUCCUCUCUCAAGCUGUCCAAUCACUAGAAAUUUCCAGUCAAGCUGAAACUGUGCGGAUUGAAACAGUGGUCGGAGAUGCCGACUGGAAAGGCAAGUGUGUCGAUUUCACUGUCUCAGCCAGAAAUGAUCCUGACCAGAAGUUCCAGAUCAAGUGCGCCUUCACUGCUGAUGAAUGUCAACUGGCUGAUUAUAAUCUAUCGGCAGAGAAACUACAAGCAAAGUGGCCGCAUCUGAGAGAGUUGCCUCUAUUCACAGCAAACAAAGUCCGACCUGCAGUUUUGAUUGGUGCAGAUCACAUUGAGCUGACUAUGUCGACCGAGGUGAGAACUGGUCCAAAAACUAGUUCACCCGUUGCAGUAAAAACCCUCUUCGGAUGGACUGUCCAGGGAAGACAGGGACUCCAGCACCCAAGCAACAAAUUCCUCCAAAUUCCUUCCAUUCCUCCACAAAGCACCCCAAGAGCUGUUGAAGCACUGGCCCGUGCACACAAGAGGAAGAUGGACAAAGACUCAAAGCUAGCGGAGUUUUGUACCACGUAUAUCCAGAAGCUUAAGAAUCAGGGACACGUCCAGGAACUUGGGACGUUGGCUGAGGUACUAGUGAUGGAAACAUCAAGCUGGUUCAUCCCAUAUCACGUGGUUUUCAGUAGCAACAAAUACCGUCUCGUGUUCAAUUGCUCCUUUGAAUCCAUGGGCCAGAACCUCAACGAUGAGUUGCUAGCCAGGCCAACCCUGCAUUCUUCCCUGAUGGAGGUGUUACUUCGAUUCCGUCAAGGCAGGGUCGCUGUUUCUGGUGACAUAACUGGGAUGUUUCACCAGGUGAGACUCCCUCCAGAAGACCAUCCCAUGUUCCGAUUUCUUUGGUGGGAUGAAAAGCGAGAUGAUUGGUUGGUUUUCCAAUGGCUGGUGCUGCCAUUUGGGGCCGCUUGUAGCCCAUGCUGCGCUACCUUUGCCCUACAGAAGGCUGCCAUAGAUGCCAACGCAAGAUAUCCAGCUGUACAGAAAACCAUCGAGCGUGAAACCUAUGUGGAUAACCAACUGGCCAGUCGCCACAGUGAGGAAGAAGCAAGGGAACUUGUCGCCAGUACCAGAGAGUGUCUCCAUGAAGCUGGGUUCGAGAUGGUCAAAUAUGCUAGCAGUCAUCCUGAGGUGGUUGAAGAUCUGCCCGUCGCGGUCCGUUCUGACCGCUACAUUCGAUCUCUCUCCCUAGACAACUUGGGGUGCGAAUUGGAACCAGCUUUGGGCCUGAGUUGGGAUUGCAAGAGCGACGAGUUAUGCCAUCCCGCAAAGGUCCCAGAGAACCGAACACUCACCAAGCGUACUGCCCUUCGAGUACUGGCUUGCCAGUUUGAGCCCCUUGGGAGCAUUGCACCCUUUACUGCUCGAGCGAAGAUGAUAGUACAAGAAUUGUGGAUGGAGAAGUUGGACUGGGAUGAAGUCGUGACCAACGCUGACAUAAAGCAGAGGUGGGACGACUGGUGUACAGAGCUUGAGCAUAUCCCAUCCAUACGAUUACCACGAUGCUACACCCCUCCCCAGGUGGAUCCAUGCCACGUCUGGAACUCAUGGCGGCACUUGAAGGUGCACAGCUUGCUCAGUUUGUUACCCAGACGCUUGAUGUCAACAUCCAGUAUGUAA